GAAAAAAAGAGAAAAAGCGAAAAUUGGAGGGAGCGAGUAAAAUCACAGAUCGGGUUGAGGGGUAAACGAGUCGGGAGACGAGAAAAGAAAACCCCGUUUCCGGAUAGGGAAAGGCCAGAAACAAAACCCUAAAUCUUCGUGAUCUCUGUUCGUUUGAUUUCUUUUACAAGCCAACUUGCGAAGAACUCGUUUCCGGAUUGCAGAAACAGUGUUCUGAUUAUGGGGAAGAAGAAGAAGAGGGUUUCCUCAAAGGUGUGGUGCUACUACUGCGACAGAGAAUUCGACGAUGAGAAGAUAUUGGUGCAGCAUCAGAAGGCCAAACACUUCAAGUGCCAUGUCUGUCAUAAGAAGCUUUCUACUGCCGGCGGUAUGGUCAUCCACGUCCUUCAGGUCCACAAAGAGACCGUCACCAAAGUUCCUAAUGCAAAACCCGGCCGAGAAUCAACAGAUAUUGAGAUAUAUGGAAUGCAAGGGAUUCCACCUGAUGUCUUGGCAGCACACUACGGAGAAGGUGAGGAAGAGGCUGCAUCGAAGGUGGCUAAAGUGGAGAUGCCAUCGACUCAGAUGGUUGGAGGUGUGGUGCCUGGAUCGCUGGGUAUUGUAUAUCCUCCUCAACCAGGUUUAGCUGCAAUGCAACCAAUUUAUGCUUCUACCGGACAGGCGCUGCCUGCUGCCUGGCCAGUUCCACCUCGUCCACAACCUUGGUUCCCUCCAAACUCAGCAGUUUCAAUUCCUCCACCUGCCCCAUUGGGUUAUGCUCAGCAGCCACUAUUUCCUGUGCAGACUGUGAGGCCCCCACUCCCAGUAUCAUCAACUCCUAUGCUCCAGCAUUCGCAAAUAACGCCUCCUGGAUUGCCUUCAACUGCACCUUCAGUUUCUGUAUCUCAACCGCUGUUCCCUGUUGUUGGUAAUAGCCACGGAGCUAUGCAAAGCUCGCCAUUUUCUCCAUCUACACUUCCAACAAGCAUUCCUUUGACCUCUGCAGCAGAAAUCAAAGGCUCAGUGAGUGCACAUCUAGGCACUAACUCUUUUUCUACAAUUGGAAAUCAAGUUCCAAACAUUCCAGGUGGAAUAUUAAGUAAUUCACACUCUUAUGCAUCGGGACCAAAUACAGGCGGUCCUUCUAUUGGACCACCUCCUGUAAUUGCGAAUAAAGCUCCUACUCAGCCAUCAACAAAUGAAGUAUAUUUGGUUUGGGAUGAUGAGGCGAUGUCUAUGGAGGAAAGAAGAAUGUCCUUAACUAAGUAUCAGGUGCAUGAUGAAACUAGCCAGUUUGCACGCCAAACCACCAAUCUUGUGGGCAUCAAAAGGCUCAAGUAGGUAUUUAUGUUACCCCACUUAUGGUGUGUGUGUAUAUAAAAACUUUCCAAAUCUUGCUGCCAGAAGGUUCUAUCCUUAUGGCAUAAAAUGUGGUUAAGAGCGUAGUGUAUUCAGUUCUUCCUAUUGGCUUUUCAAUCUAUUAUAUGCGAUUCACUCUCCCUAUGCUUGAUGCCAAAGUGUGGGGAUUUGGGUGGAACAAGAUUAUACCCUACAGAUUUUUGCUCAUUCGUAGCAUCAUUACAAUUUAUUUUAUGAUCGAUCAGUGAAUUCGACUUUGACCAGGUCAGCCUCUUUUGCAAAGUUUGGCACCUCUUGCAUAGGACUCAACCAUAUGAUCUGGCGAUGGCAUCACUUCCAUAUAGUUUUGCUCUGAUCAUUCAUAUUGUAUUCUUGUUUCAGAUGAGUUCAAUCGAUGCAGCCAUCGACAAACGAAUCUUGGAAAGCAGGCUUGCUGGCCGAAUGCCAUUUUAGUUCAAGCGACGUCGACGAUGGUUUCAUGAAGCUCCAUAAGCGUUGUGUUGCAGUAGGUUUCAGAAGAAGCUGUGGAAAUUUGUAAGUCACCUGGCAAUGUUGAGAACAUAUUUUUAGGGUGUCUAACAAACCGAGCAACUUAAAACAUCUACAUUGAAUUCAUUGCGAGAAAUUGGUAGGACAGAACAGAGUUUUCAUUUUUCCUAUUUAUGUAGGCGAUUUAAAAGAGAAAGGGUGUUUUUUCCUUCAUUUUCGUUUCUUCUCCUCCUCUUUGUAUCAAUUUGUAAACCCUCUUUCAGAAGAUACCCAACCUAGAGAUUUAAUUUAGAGAAAGAUUUGCAGCUUCCUUCCAA